AUGACAAAAAAGAUUAAGAAACAAUACUUAUCAUUGUAGAUAUUAGUUUAAGCAAAUUUUUCAAAAGGUGAAAAUGAUUCACAGAAAUUAUCAUGCAAAUAUUACAGAUCUUUUGAGAGAGAUAUAAUCAUUUAUUGGAACAAUCUGCUACAAGAGCAUCAAUACAUAUCUAAGAUUUUCAAUAAAUAGACGGUUAAAUUGGAGUUUUUGGGUUAUACGUUUAAGGAAUUUUAUGAUAAAUUUAAUAUUGAUAAUGGAAUUUCUCAAUCACUUAAUAUUUUGGAUAUUCUGUGUAGUUUUAUAUAUGUGACAAUGUAUAAUAUUUAUUAGCUGAUUCAAAUACAUUAUCUAUUAAUUUAAUAAAUAUCAAAUUCAGGCUUAAAGAAGGUCUAAUUCAUUUAAUUUAAUAAUUCUCAUAAAUUUUUUGUUGAAAUCAAAUUCUUUAUUUUUCUUUCUUCAAUCUCUUGA